AUGACAAAUAUUAAUGACAAUUCUACAGAAGAUCUAUCGCAAUAUAUAUCAGUUAUAAAAAAUAAAGUUAUUGUAAAAUCAGUUGAUAUGAAUGAAGAGAUGAAAGAAGAUGCAAUUGACUGUGCAAUCUCUGCCAUGGAAAAAUAUAAUGUUGAAAAAGAUAUAGCAGCAUACAUAAAAAACGAAUUUGAUAAAAAAUUUGGAACAACGUGGCAUUGUAUUGUAGGAAGAAAUUUUGGAAGUUACGUAACACAUGAAACAAAACAUUUCAUAUAUUUCUAUUUAGGACAAAUUGCGUUCCUUCUUUUUAACAAAUAUUAG